CUGCUCAGCUCUGAAAUGAGUGCUGCAGAGUCUUCAGUGGGCAUGCUCCCUACCAAAGAUGGCCUGUGGGAGGGAGAAAUGGGUAAAGAGUUCCAAGACAAAUGUCUCAGAAUCGCCUCCCCUGAGUCUCCUGUUAAGCUUUACUGCUGCUAUGUGGUGAUCAUGGUCCUCACUGUAGCUGUAGUUGCACUUUCUGUUGCUUUGUCAGUAAGAAAGACUGAGCAGGUGCCAAUGGAAACUAUCUAUGCUGUUUGCCCGAGAUAUUGGAUUGGAUUUGGAAGUAAAUGUUUUUAUUUUUCUGAAUACACAAGUAACUGGACAUUCAGCCAGAACUCCUGCAUAGCACUAGAGGCCCAACUAGCUCGAUUUGACAACAUGGAGGAGCUGAGUUUCCUAAGAAGAUACAAGGGGACUUUUGACUACUGGAUCGGCCUGCACAGAGAGUCCUUAGAGGAUCCUUGGACAUGGACAGACAGCACUAAGUAUAACAACUUGCUUGCCAUCAGGGGAGAGGAAGAAUAUGCCUACCUGAACAACAAUGGGAUCAGCAGUGCCAGGAUCUAUGCAGAUCGGAGAUGGAUUUGUAGCAAACCCAACAGCUACAUCCUCCAGUGCCAAAAUCCUUUCUAGUCUUUGUCAAGAGAUGCUUU